AUGAACAUGAACACAGCGACCGUUUCAUUGGCCGUCACCCCAACGGUGGUGUCGACUUUCGUGACCCAUUUCUUGAAUCGCAAACCCUUGCGUCAACGUCCGACUGCGCAUCUUCCAUAUGAUGAGGGUUUGCAUCUUAUCAAGGCCUUUCUCGAGUUUGCGUCAAAACACACUGUCGAGGAACUCCAGGCCUUCACAGCCCAGUGGGUUCCGCAUCCCCAAUGGGUCAAGGUCGAGGAGGUCAACAUCCCAGAACCCCAGGUGCUCCGUGCAGCAUCCCUUCUCGAGGAACAACUUGGGCCCGAGGGUAUCCGCGCAGUGGGCGGCACCAAGUGGUGGCAAUGGCGCAAGCCGAAGAGUCCCCUCCGGGCCGAAUGGAUCGAGAUGCGUUCCGACUACCGCCGAAGGAAAGAGGACAAUAAGCCAUGCAAGCGGAUCAUGAUGUACAUACACGGAGGCGCCUACUUCUUUGGCAGCGUCGAUGAGCAUCGAUACCAGAUCCAAAGGCACGCCCGGAAGCUCAAGGCACGCGUCAUCGCGCCUCGUUACCGUUUGGCGCCCCAGUUCCCCUUCCCGUGUGGCCUCCAGGACUGUCUGGCUACUUAUCUGUACCUGCUGGAGUCAGGCCACGCACCCAACACAAUUAUAAUUGCGGGCGAUUCCGCAGGAGGUGGAAUGGUUCUAUCUGUUCUGGUUACUCUGAGAGACCGUGGGAUUGCCCUGCCAGCCGGGGCGGUGCUUAUAAGCCCUUGGGUGGACUUAACGCACUCGUUUCCCAGCGUUGCCAUCCCUUCGGAUUUGGACUACAUCCCGCAGUAUGGAUUCCACCACAAGCCUUCGGAGUCAUGGCCACCACCGACUACCGAUGAGGUCAGGAAGAUGAGAGCCGCCAGGGCGGAUAGCAGUGGGGAGUCUGAAAAAGCGGACAUUACAGCAGCAGAGGACAACGAGAUUCUUCUCUCGGUGACUAUCAAUGGCAAAUCAGUGCAGAUUGAGAAGCAAAUUCAAAUGUAUACAACAAACGAUCUUCUCAAACACCCGCUAGUGAGCCCGAUAAUGCAGCCUACCCUUGGUGGUCUUCCUCCACUAUUUAUCAUGACUGGUGGCGGCGAAGUGCUUCGUGAUGAACAGAUUUAUCUGGCUCACAAGUGCGCGAAUCCGAGCAAAUACAUGCCGCCCGAAUCUCUUCUCACCGAUGCCGACAGGGCUUUGAUAGAACAUUACAAGCCCACCGACGUUCAGCUACAAGUCUGGGAUGAUAUGUGUCAUGUUGCUCCAACCCUCAGUUUCACCCGGCCAGCCAAGUUCAUGUAUCGAUCUAUCGCUCAGUUUGGUGCCUGGGCUCUUGCGCGUGCACAACGAACGGAGAUAGACAUUCUUGUCGACGAUGCCGUAUCGGUUAUUUCUUCGUCCUCGGACUCUGGGGGCGAAAACGGACGUAACGGUAGCCUAAACGCCCGUGGCGUCAACGGUUCUCAGAAAAAAGAUACUCCAGGCAAUGUCGGGAAAGCUGGAGACCCGUUGCCACACUUUCAGGACCACAUGGUUCGGCAGAGGGUUGAUAGACAUGGACACGUCUACCCACUGGCUCCAGCUUCGGAGCUCCCGGGGUGCUGCAUGGACCGCGAUUUGGUUGGAACACCCAAGGAAGGGCCGGUUAGCAAGUGGCUCGAGGCACACAAUCAAUUCUCCAAAAGGUACAGCAACACAGCCAAGAAAGUUCAAAAGAAACGGAUGAAGCAGGCCGAGGCCGGGUUUGAAAGCUUUGGCGCCGGGGAGCACCCACCUCCGAGUGCCCUGGCUGGGCGAAGGAGGAUUGGGGCCGACCUCUCAGAGAAGAAAAAGACGCGUAGCAUGGGAUUGUCGCUGUGGUCUCUCUGGGGAUCCAAACACGACGAGCUCACGGUCAACAGAGAAGAGCAGGCGGAUUCACCCGAAACAAAGGCUCCAGCGCCGGGAGAGGGCACUGGUGCCCGUAAGUUCUCGGAACUUCAGCGGCAGGAGGGGCCAUCCUCGUCUCAGUCACACAGCGAGCAGAGAGGCCCGGCUGCCAAGGAAGAUAAUCAGACUAGUGGUGGUCACGAGCCUGCCGAGGCCGAGGCCACGCCAGUUGCCAACUUGAUUGCCCAAAGACGGGAGAAGGAGGCUGCAGCGGCCGGUGCGUCUGGCCUGCUUGCCGUGCCAGACGCAGCAACGGGUGCCACCGGAAAACGUCCCACCGUCGACGGGAUCUCAGUUCCCUUUUCGCUGAACAAGGAGGCAGAGACGGCGAGCAUGAUGACCUUGACAUCAGUAAUGGAUGGCGGUGCCGCGCAUGGGCAAACAGCUGGGCCGAUGAGCCCAACGACGACAUCUUCGAUUAAGGACCUCAACAAUGCACAGAGAAGCCGACCGACAACCUCGGAGAAUACAGGAACAGCAGUGGCGGAUGGUCCUUCACACAACGCCAAGGAUCAGGCAGCACCGCCCGAAGACAACACGCUUGCAUCGCCGGCCAUUUUUGAAACGCCAAUGUCCUCGCCUAGUCUGGAAGGACGCCCGCAGCUGGAGAAGUUCAUUACUGCGGACGAAGGCCUACCCAGGCAUCAUUGA